AGAAACCUUCUUGGCAGUGUGUGUUUUUCUUCGCUUCAUUAUCGCAUUUGACCGCCUUGCAUUUUAAGUGCUCUACUUCGAUUCAAACUGAUUGCAUUCAGCCUCGCUUCCCUCUUGACAUAAAAAAUGUUGGCGUCUGCGUUGGAUGCUCCGUCUAUCCCCGGCGUUGAUGUGGCCUGCAACGCAUUGUACCUCUCCUUGAUAGGGGAGGUGCCCGAAGCGUACUGCCCUCCUGGCUGCACCCUGCAUGCCACCACGCAGGGCUCCAUUUAUGUCCUCGACCACGUACGCCGCAUUGGUUACCCGCUGCAGCUGACACAAGCGGCAACGCCGGAGCCCACGCCGCAGGCGUCGUUGGAGGGCGAGGUGGCGUCUGCCGUGCCGGUGUCGGGGCACAAGCGCAGCCGUGAGAGUUCCCCGGUAUCGCACACCUCUUCUUCGCUGCACCGUGGCUGGGAUCGCCGUGGUGGCAGCCCCGACUCGUCGAUGGACCCGACAGCGCGGCAAGACGACGACGACACCUCCCUCUCCUCCGCGGUGCAACGGUCGCCCAAGAGCUCCGGCAUCAGUAACCGUCCGCAGUUCUGCCUCAUUCCGCCUCGCCCGCGCUGGCUGCAGGACCUCUACCACGCCUUGCAACUCUCCUCCCACUGGCAGCACACGCCGAACAUCCUCCUCUACUGCCAUUACUGUCGCGUUUACUUCUCAGCGAAGCCGCGAGGGAUAUGGUAUCACCUCUCGCAGACCCGCGGUCAUCGUGUGCAGCGGCAGCGCAUCCGCGGCUUCAUGAACUCCGGCAUUCAUCUGCUGGACUCGGCAGAGAAGCGCCUGCUGUACGUCGCCACCCCGGAGCAGAUCGGCAGUCUCCCGAAGAAGCUCUUUCAACACGCCGAUCGCGUACAGAAGAACGAAGAAGUGCGGUUCGUGCCGGCGUGUGUGUGUUGGCGCAGUGUGAUGAGCGCAGAGCAGCGAGAGCGUGUAGUGCGUGACGGGGCGGCGCACGCGGCGCAGUCCAUCACACGGGAAGACUUGAAUGACAACACGCCUACGUCUUUUGUGAAUGAGUCGCCGCAGCUGGUCGGGUGGCGCUUCGUGAUGGAGGGCUUGGACAUCGUCCACUGUUUCUGCAGCAAGACGAACAUGCGGCUGCGGGACUACCAGAUACUCAAUCAUCACAAGAGCGACCAAAAGAAGGAUUAG